UCCUGUCUUAUACACUACCUUUUGUUCUGUUCAGUUCAGGUGAAUUCCGAGGAUUUGCGCCUAACUGUGUAUGAUGAGACUGAAGGGAAGUGGAGGCUACUGUGUUCUUCUUCCUCUGAUGCCCAGGUGGCAGCUCUUAGUUGCGAGGAGAUGGGAUUUGUCAGAUCUCUCUCCCAUUCGGUCUUGAAUGCAGGCAGUGCAGGUGCCAAUGGAACGUCAGGCUACUUCUGCGUGGAUGAGUCCCGCCUGCCUUUUGUGCAAAAGCUGAGAGAGGCCAUUGUUGUCUGUGAAUGUCUGACAGGCCGGAUCCUAGCAACUCUUUGCCAAGACUGUGGACGCAGGAAGUUAUCCGUAGACCGGAUUGUAGGUGGCCAAGACGCCAGUGUGGGUAAAUGGCCCUGGCAAGUCAGCCUACGUUACGAUGGGACACAUCUCUGUGGCGGCUCCAUCAUCUCAAAUGAAUGGGUAGUUACAGCAGCUCACUGCUUUCCAGAGAGGAAUCGUGUCUUGUACCGCUGGCAGGUCUUCAUGGGUGCCGUAUCUCAGCUAUCCAUAAGGGGCCUGCAGAUGGACAUAGCCAGCAUUGUGUACCAUGGUGGAUACAGACCCUUUGUGGACCCCAAUAGUGAAGAGAACAGCAAUGACAUUGCCUUGUUGCGCUUGGCCACACCACUCUCCUUCAAUG